UGAAUGUUCUUUUCCGCCUGUUCUAAGUUGAAGCAUUCUCUUUCGAAGCAUUGUUGCGAACGCAUUUUUGAAGAAUCCGAAAUGCGCAGCAAAAAUAUAUUACUGAAAAUUAUUUUCUUGUGUCUUGUGGUGGGCUGUUGCGCUUACUUCUUCCCAGGAAAAGUCACCGGGCCUCGAUUAGUACCUUAUCUAAUAGGCUCAGGUUUAGACAGGAAGGGCCCAUCACAUGUUAGCAAUAUUAGCAAGAAAACCGGUCAUAUACUAAAAAAAAUUAGGCAUAAUCUUAAGAAGAGAUUACGGAAUUCACGAAAGCUGCUCAGAACACUGAAGAAAUAUAAAAAAUCGCUAAAAUGAGCUAGGCGAAAGUGUAUAAUUGCUAUAUUUACUUAAUCUGAUAGACCAAGCAGCACAGCAAAGAAAUUCACAGCUCUAAAUACACGUCGUGCUACUAAUAUCGCAUAUAAAGAAAAGUGUACGAAAAAAAUGCAAA